AUGGGUGAAAGGGAGGACGGAGGGUCAGGGGGGUCAGGCGGGAAUGGAGGAGACAAGAGAACAUCACCGGAGGUUAAGUUAAGCGAACCAUUCUUCUUGAAGAAGAUUUUAAUUGAGAAAGCCGGUGAUACCAGUGACUUGACUACCUUGGCUACGUCAGUUCAUGCGGUAAUGUUAGGAUCCGGAUUCGUGCUGUUGCAAUAUAAUCAUGGCUGCUCUGAUAGGUUUAGCUUUUCAAAUGAGUUGCUUUCUCUAUCCCUAAGGUAUACUCUGCCUGCGAUAACUAAAGAUACCAAGAAGAUGAUUGAGUUUGUUACUCUGAGGUUUCAGAGCUUAAGUAAUACUUUUGUAGUCUACGGAUCUUUAAGUGGACAUAUGGUGCAAAGGGUCAAUAGGUUUGUUGUGCCCGUUGUUGAUUUAGUUAUGGAUACUUUGAAGUUUGUGAAACAAGCCUCUUCCAGUAGCUACCGCGAGGUGUUUGUGUUCUGGAGGAUGGUGAAAGAUGAUAUUUCUACCCUUGGUCUUUGCGAUAAGUCUGGCUUGGAGCUUCCACCGUGCUUGAUGCGUCUACCAAGAGAGCUAAAGCUGAAGAUACUCGAGUUUAUUGCCAACAUGGCUUGCGUUUCUACAGAGAUGCGGCAUCUGGUGGCUUCAGACGAUCUUGCGGAAAAGAAGAGCUUGGAAGAAGCUCUUGGCGGCAACGUCAACACCCUAGACGAGUCUUAACGGCCUGAAAUGGAAAUACAUUGCCGCAUGACUUCUCCUCGUAUCAGUCCUUUCCCUCUCGGAAUGUUUGGUGGAGAUCAUAUGGUUUUCGACGUUAGUUAUUUCCAACUCAUAAACACUAUGUUACUUUGAGCCCAUUUUAACAUCUCUAACUAAUUCUAAUAAAUCA